UAUUUUUUUGUUAUAGAAAAACCAAAAUAGAAAAGUCCUCGUCCUCACACACACAUCCUGCCGCUUUAAGAGGCAACUGCAGCAGACGCAGUUGUCUCAUGUGGUUCCUGGGCUUCGUGGCAGUAGGAUGGACCCGGAGCAGCACCAGCACCAGCAGCCUCAGCAUCUUCAGCAUCAGCAUCUUCUCCUGCGGUCGACACGGGAUGUUCUUCGGCGACCAUCGCGUCUGGCGGAAAGUGACGAUUUUCUACGACGCACUGCUUCCACCGGCUUCAAUGAUUUUCAUUGAAGGUUCUUAGCAUCAUUCUCCAAAGACACCAGUGGCUCAAUCGGAGGUCCCUCACUCAUCUAUGCCUCUCACUCCUAAUCGAAAGUCCACCACAAGUCAGCGCAGGCGCUCAGUGGGAACAAGCGGGGGCAACGUGCGGUACGCCAGUGAUGGAGCCAGUACCUACACCUACCCUGGUCGGAACAGACCACCAGAGGAGAGCCUCAUCGCCCGGACACAUCCAAGUACACCCAGGCGUCAGACUAAGCACACCUCCUGCAGGGACAACCAUGGCAUCAGACCUCCGACCCCAGAGCAGUACCUCACACCUCUGCAGCAGAAGGAGGUGUGUAUCAGACAUCUGCGAGCCAGGCUGAGAGAGAACGUGGAGAGACUGCAGCACAGGGACUGUGAAAUCGAUGAGUUGAGGAGCCAACUUUACAAGAUGCAGGAAGAGUGGAUCGAAGGGGAAUGUCACCGCGUGGAAGCUCAGUUAGCGCUCAAAGAAGCUCGUAUGGAGAUCCAGCAUCUCCAGGAAGUGGUGGAGACGGCCAAGUCCAAUCUCAGCGUCCGUGAACCGGACCCCAACGGCCAAAGGUCGUACUCAGGGCCCGGGGGGAGGUCUCGCUCCUGCGGCUGUUCCCCUGCCAGCACUUUGAGCCGCAGCACUAACCGCACGCGGCUGAGCAGCGAAGCCCUGCAGCUGGAGCACGGCGCCAACACUCCUGAGACGGGUGGAGGACCUCGCCCCCCGGGGCAAACCCACCUGCUCCUGGAGGCAGCUCUCCUGCCAGAGCCACUCCCCACACGCAGUCACAGCCGGCCCCCACCUACUGUACCGCGCUCCGCCAACUAUGACAGGCUGUGCAGCGGGGGGGCUGUGCUGCCCAUGUCCCACUCCUGCCACAGCCUCGGCAGCAGCUGCCGGUGCAGCGGACCCACCUACCUUCCUCACCACCACCUGUUUCUCCACUUACCUCAGGAGGAGGUGGCGGUAACCGUCAGUGACCCCGUCACCAUCCCCACUCCUGCAGCGGAGAAAAAGCCUGAGGUCCGAUCCCAGGCCUGCAGUCCCACCAUGACGUGGCUGUGUGACGGAUCCAGCACCGAGGAGGUCAGCGUCACCUCCACAGCCACACCGGACGUUUGUACGUCAGAACCACAGCGCCAUCUGUCAUGUUUACCUCGAUCAUUACACCCCGAGGCUCCGUACACCGUGGAGACGCUACAGCCUAACGAACCACCUGAGCCCCACACCUGCCAGCCCCAGCCAACAACUUCACUGCCCCUGGGGCAGGACACCCUCUCCCUGCGGAUGGAGGUGGAGCAGAAUGGCACCAACGAAGCUGAUGGAGAAAACGAGGACAACCGCUCCGCCCAGUCGUGCCACUGGAGUCGCUACUUCCUGGUAGAUCUUUUAGCCGUGGCCGUGCCUGUAGUUCCAGCUGUGGCCUGGCUGUGUCGAGGGGCGCCACGGGACGUCAUGCCCAUCUAUCAAAUCGGGUCACUGCUGAGAGGUUGCUGUGCUGUCGCCCUCCACUCGCUCCGGCGACAGGGUGUGGCCCGAGUACACAGGCCGACCAACAUGAACGGAGCGACGCCCUGAGCCGACAUUAGGAUUAGAACCUUCAACCUCUUCACCACGUUAGCACAUUUUAACCAUGCCCGUGUGUUAGAAAUCUACCUGUUAUUUUUAUAGUGAUUUAUCAGCUUCCACACAAGACUAUGUACAAUUAAUCAACCAAAAAAAAAUCUAUUUUUAGAAGUAAAAUAUUAUAAAAGGUGUGUGAAACACAGCACCUCGUCAACACAGCACUGACUCACAGAACUUACUCCAGUGUCAGAUUAUCACACUAGGACACACUAGGAUUUCAGACUAUAGAUGAAGGUAUGGGGCGUGGGCCCAUGACCGGACCUUUCCAAAUCACAAUAUUUCUUGCAACUACAAUAAAAAAAACCACAUUUCUUCGAUCUAAAAUAAACAAAUGACUUUUAAAAAAAAUCAUUUUUCAAUAAGUUCUGCUCUGACACCCCAGUUCAAGUCUCAGUGUCAUUUUUCUUUAUAGAAUUGUACAGUAGAUGCUAAUAUACAUUUUCUGGGUGAGGUCUGCUUUUCUCCUUUAAACCAUGUGUUCAGUCACGGUUGUGCAACAGCUUCCUUAUUUUACGAUGACAGCCUCUGCAUUCCAUGGUAUAAACUAACAAAUGCUUGGAAAUUGUUUUGCAACUCUUUUUUUAAAAAAAAGCAAGAUCUCUUUAAAGCUACGUGAAUUCUGUGUCUUCAGCAAAUGACAAUGAAUUCCAACAGCUGAACUCCUUCAGUGUCGGUUCAAAUCCCUGUCUGUCAGGACGUGAACUGACUACUGUUUAGUCUCAGUUUAUUCUGGUGAGUUAUUAAGAAUAUUUCCAUCAUAAGCUGUAAGAGAGAUUUAUUGACUUUCGUUUAUUAAACACUAAUAAAAAAAUAGGAAUCAGUACGAAAGAAACACAAAGGUGAAUCAAAAACCUCUAAGAAAAAAACAUUUCAUUGUUACAUAUACCGUAUAAUGUAAAUAUUAUAAUGUUAUAUAAUGUAGGAUUCUUGAAGAAAGGAAGUGGCCAUUUUUUCAAAAUAAAACACCACGUUAAAGUAAAAAAUAAUUCAACCGACUUGGUCUGGGGCCCUGCACCGACAGCACACAGACUAACAUGUCAACACAAUGUGCAUGUCCACCGAGCCCAGAGUUUGACUCAAAAUCUCUCGUCUGAAUUACGGAAAUAUAUCAUCAAGUUCUUUUGAGUAACAAUGUUGUAAUAAAAAAUGCUAUUUAUGAGAAGAUACGUUGGUCUU